UCCCCUCCUCCGCCAUGAUGUUUUCUAACUAAGCAGCUAGUGACUGUUGUGGAGAAGGGAGGUGCAAUGGAUGGAUGCGUUGCCCCGCUACGCUGUACAUAUUUGUCUUAGUUUAAAGAGAAUGAGUUUCUCUGAUAUUUUUUUACCCGUAGAAAUACUCCACGCUGUUGCGGAGGGCUGCUAAUGCUCCGGGAGACACGCUUUUCGUUAUAGUUUGAAGAUUAGCUGGCUACACAGGCUAGCUCCUCCUUGCUGUCUACCAUCGCAUUCUUGCGUCUCCUGCCUCAGGAAUGUUUUCCAAAAAACCUCAUGGGGACGUUAAAAAAUCCACACAGAAAGUGCUGGACCCAAAGAAGGACGUGCUGACGAGGCUCAAGCAUCUCAGAAUAGUCAUAGAAAAUGCGGAGCCGGCCGAGCUGAAGCAAUUCUUCGACCUGAACUAUUCUCAUAUCUACUAUGUUUUCUUUGAGAAUUUUGUCACCAUUGAGGUCAGCCUCAAGCAAAAAGGUCAUAAAUCUCAGAGGGAAGAGCUGGACUCGAUCCUCUUCAUCUUUGAGAAAAUACUUCAGCUCCUACCUGAGAGAAUCCAGAGCCGAUGGCAGUUCCACAGCAUUGGGCUGAUUCUGAAGAAGCUGCUGCACACUGGGAACUCUCUGAAGAUCCGCCGUGAAGGUGUGCGCUUGUUCCUGUUAUGGAUGCAGGCCUUACAGAGUAAUGCAGAACGUGAGCAGCUCUGCAUGUUUGCCUGUUUGAUUCCUGGAUUCCCGGCUCCGCUCUGCCACGGGACCCCACGGACCCUGGAUACUCUAAUCAACCCACCACUCAGUUUGACAGAGACUCAGGUGAUUCCAGAAGAGAUCACUCCACUUGUUCCUCCCCAGUCAGGUGAUAAGAACCAGGAAGAUCUCACUGCCUACUUCCUAGAAGCUCUACUGAAAUACAUGGUAAACCAGGCAAAGUCUCUAGAGUGGCGGUGUAAAGAGAACCAUGAACGUGGCUUCAGUUUCCUCUUUGGUCAUUUCAGGAAGUUUUACCUUCCUCACAUCUUUCCCAACUUCUCCAUGGAAACCAGCCUCUACAGCCCCAUGCUGGAUGUGCCUCCUAUGCGUUCUAAGCCGUACUACAGUGUUGUGCGCAGAGAGCAGGACAGCGGCGAAACGCUGUAUUGCACUAAGGAAAGUUUCCUUCAGGCUCGAGUUGUCUUUAUCCGCUGGCUGGUUUCCUUCUGGCUCGAGCCACGACCCAACACACAUACCCACAUCCCAGGAACAGAGGGAGAGAAUGUCCCCAAGAACAUACAGCGAGCAGCAGCUGGAUUUGCAGCUCGCUCCACAGGCAGCUCAGAGGACAGCGGUGGGGGAGGGAUUCGAUCUGACAGCCACCUUGAAGCAAGCGGAAGCUCAAGCGGGCCAGGAGGAGGAAGCAUGGGGCUCUCCGGAGGUGCAGGGACUGAACCUGAACAGAGCCACUCGAACACAUCUACACUGACAGAGAGAGAGCCCAGCUCCUCCUCACUCUGCUCCAUGGACGAAGAGCAGCUGACAGACAUGGAGGUGGUGAGAAGAGUGCUGACCAGCUCCAGAACCAACGUCAACUUCAUCACAGAGAUCUUUCGACAGGCGUUUCUUCUUCCCAUGUGCGAGGCAGCGGCAAUGCGAAAGGUGGUCCGAGUUUACCAGGAGUGGAUCUCCAUGGAAGACAAACCAGUUUUCAUGAAGGAGCCAGAGGAGGGUCCUUAUCCUAUAGUCACGGCCACAAGUAUGGAUACAGGCUCGCAAUUCGGAGACAAAGAUGAUGAGGGAAUGAAUAAAGUGAUUGACAGUGAAUUGUUGGAAUACAGUGUUCAUGCUGGAGUUCAAACUACACUACAGGUGUUUAUCACCCACUCCUCUAACGUUUUCCUGCUGGAACCAGCCAACGACAUUAAGAUCCUUUUGGAGGAGCAUGUCGAUAUGUGCAAGCGAGUCCUGAACAUCUACCGCAGCCUUGUCAUGCAUGAAACCAUGGACCAGAAGACAUGGGAGCAGAUCUUGCUGGUUUUGCUGAGGGUGACAGAGUCGGUAAUGAAAAGGCCUCCAUCCAUCAUGCCUCAGGGCAAGAAGAACAACACAUUGUCGGGCAGGUUAGCUGGACCCAUCUUUCAGACACUGAUAGUAGCCUGGAUUAAGGGCAACUUAAACGUCUACAUAAGCAGAGAGCUGUGGGAUGACCUCCUCUCUGUCCUCUCCUCCCUAACCUGCUGGGAGGAGCUGGUCACUGAAUGGUCACUGACCAUGGAGACGCUUACAAAGGUUUUGGCAAGGAACCUGUACAGUGUCGAUCUGAAUGAGCUGCCUCUCGACAAGCUCAGUGAACAAAAACAGAAGAAACAUAAAGGAAAAGGUAUUGGUCCGGAGAGCCAGCGGCAGGUUGUCGAUCGUUCCUUCUCUAAAGGCUGGAGCAGAGACCAACCAGGCCAGGCAGCCGCCAUGAGACAGCGAAGCGCCACCACCGCUGGGUCACCAGGCAUCGAAAAAGCCCGCAGUAUUGUCCGGCAGAAGACUGUAGCCCUGCGUAGCUGUUCUACGGGGGAUUCUCUGCUGUCCUCAGCCUUUAUCCGCAGUGCUAAGAGUGCUCCUGCUCUGGCUCCGCCUCUUCCUGUCCUCCUCCACCACCACCACCACCACCCUUUACUACCCCCCCUUGCCGACCAGCUGGCAGACCUCGAGGAUCCACCAAUCACACUGGCAUCCCGCACGUCUCGAAUGCGCCACUCAUCCCAGAGCGACGAGACUCCUCCCAUCUCCUGUUCUGAGGUCUUCCAUGGUGGGGCUUGUGAUGUGGAUACCCCAGCCCCAUCCUCCCUUGCAAGGAGCAGCAGUGCCUCUGACAUCAUGGAGCCUUUCAUCGCAGAGCGGGUUAAAGGUGAAGAUCCCCAGAGGGAUCCAAAUUUGAUCCCAAAUCCUUCUCCCCAUCACCACCACCACUCCACAACUUCUUCCUUACUCGUAACCAACAGCCACGCAGCUCAGCCACCCUCACAGUCCCUCACCUUCUCUUCUCCCACCCCUUUUGCCUUCUCCAAUGGUGCUGUUUCCUCGUCCUCAGAGGUAAAAGAUGAUGGUAGUGUGUGCGAUCAAUUCUGGCACCAAAGUGUCUCUCGAAGCCGAGGUUCUAGUUCCGAUUGGGUGAGUGACUGGGACUCAGCCUUCGCCUUUCAACCUGAAAAGGAAGCUGAUGGAGAUGAGGGUGAAACUGGGGAAGAUGAUUUAUUCUCUUCUAUUAGGGACUACCUCAUUAACAAAGAAGCUGAGAGGAAGGGCGAGGCAGGCGAGAAAGAUAGUCCCGGUCGAGCAGUAGAAAACAGCGUUGCUUUACCCGCACUCGUGCAAACAGGGUUGGCAAGAACACAGUUAGAAAACAGAGGGCAGCUCGGAGAAGCAAAGCCGGUUGUAAGGGAGGACAGACAGGUAAGUAAAUCAGUGAGACAUAGCAGUGUGGAUUCUAUCGAGGAGAAUGAGGCAGAGCAGCCGAGUAUCUAUGAGUGCUUGGAGCUGCAGUGUCAGUGGCCAUCACCCAGUGCUAAGGUGGGCUCUAGUUUAGAAAGAACUACUGCUGAAAAGAAGGUCGUGGGAGGAAAUAGUGGAAAGGCAACAGUAUUGGAAGGGAAAUAUGACUUGUGGGGUGAUACAGAAGAGAAACAAGAUGAUAAAGAAAUGGCAGCAAAUGACAAGUCCAGUUUAAUUAGGCAAGAUACUACUGUGGGUGAAGGUAGCAGUGAAUCAGUUCCCCAAACUUCAGAACCCACUAAGACCAAGAUGUCCCGUAGUAGCACUAAGAGACAUCAUUCUGGGGGUGUCCAUGUCAGUUUCCGGCCCUCAACUGAAUCUGUCCAGUUCCAUAACCCUCUUGAAAAUAAGGAGGCCCACUGGAAAGCCCGGCUACGCCGGCUCAGUCACUUCCACACACACAGCCACUCGGCUGGAGAGAGGCCUGGGGUUGGAGCUGGGGCAGGGUCAGGGGGGAAGCUGGGAACAGGGGGUUCAGGUAAGUUUGGCUCUGUGGCUGUUAUCAGCCAUAGAACAGGCGUACAUGAGAAAUUAGCAUCUGGGACUAUAACGGAUAGCAGUGGGACAGGGGGCACAGCAGGCCUGGAAACCCGGUCUGGGACUGGAGGGGACAAAGACAAGCAGCAUGCUGGAUCCUGUGUGGGAUCCAGUCAUGGCCCAGAGGUUCACUCUGAGGGGUUGUCAAGCAGUUCAGGUUCCUCAGGAGUGCGCGGACGUUUAGGACGUUCCGCCUUGCGAUCUAGAGCCUCCCGCUCCCGCUCCCAGGAGCCAGGGAGCACUGCCUCACGGCACCACCAGGGGGCUCUUCUUGGCGGUGUUUAUAAGACUGUGGUUCACGCUCUGUCGUCCAAGCCUCGGCCCCAAGGUCAGGGGUCAUCCCAAGGCUCGUCGCCGCAGCGGCAGGCCCGGGCCACCAUGGGUGAUGCAUCACUCAGGGAUCUCUACUCCCAUGUCCUGGGCUACUUUGGACGAAAGACGACUACGCCAGCCAAUAAAGAGGAGGUGGUCCAGAAGGCCCGUCCAGUCUCCACUGAUGUUGGAAGCAGCAACCCAAACUUCUCUGACCUCAUGGAUGAGUUUAUCCAGGAGAGACUGAGGGCCAAAGGAACUUCAGGUCGCCGUGGCAGCAGCCCGGGAAGCCUGGAAGUUCCCAGGGAUCUGCCAGAGCUCCUGGAGGCCAGUCAUAGUCGUGAUGGAUCGCGACCCUUAGAUGAUCUUCGGCCUGUCGAUGAUCCGGGGGUUCCCUCUGAGUGGACGUCACCCGCUAGUGCCAGCGGUUCUGAUGUCAUCAGCUCCGACAGCCAGUCAGACUCCUUUAAUGCCUUUCAGUACUCCACCUGCAAAUUUGAUAAUUUUACUUUUAGCUCCGAGGCAUCUGCAGGGGGAGUUGGAUCUGCAGCAGGAGGGGGAGGAGGUCGAGGCAGCUCGCUGGAUCAGGACAGCCUUGGUGGGGGCGUGGCCUGUGAAGAGCACGAGGUGGCCAGUUUGACGACACUUCACAUCGACUCAGAGACGAGCAGCCUGAGCCACACUGUCACGGUUACAGGUUCGGAGAGUGCAUCACCCAUGCAUUCACUCGGGGGCUCUCGCUCCCAGACUCCUUCCCCUGCCACUUUGACAGCAGAGCACACUGAGCACACGCAUUCCCACUCCCACACCCAUUUACAGCUGGACCAGAAACUCCACAACUCUGUCCUACAGACCCCCGAUGACCUGGAAACGAGUGAGUUCCCCAGUGAGGACUGUAGCGUGAUGGCAGGCGGCUCUCUGACCGGAUGGCACGCAGAUGUUGCCACAGUGAUGUGGCGAAGGAUGCUGGGUAUCCUGGGAGAUGUGAACAGCAUCAAGGACCCAGAAAUCCACGCUCAGGUCUUUGACUACUUGUGUGAACUUUGGCAAAACCUGGCCAAGAUCAGGGAUAAUUUGGGCAUUUCUCUGGAUAACCAGUCGUCUCCUCCACCCCCUGUUCUGAUCCCACCCCUGAGAAUCCUCACCCCUUGGCUCUUUAAGGCCACCAUGCUGACAGAGCGUUACAAGCAGGGGAAACUUCACGCCUACAAGCUGAUUUGUAGGAUCAUGAAGAGACGGCAAGACGUUUCACCAAACACAGACUAUCUGACACACUUCUAUAACAUCAUGCAUCAAGGACUUCUCCACCAAGACCAGGACAUUGUGAACACCAUCAUCAAGCACUGUAGUCCCAGAUUCUUUAGUAUCGGUCUACCUGGAGCCACCAUGCUGAUCCUGGAUUUCAUCAUCGCAGCUUCUAGAGUCACUGCCUGCUCAUCACUCAAUGCUCCAAGAGUUGAAGCACAGAUUCUUCUCGGAUCUCUGGUGUGCUUUCCCAACUUUUACGGGGAGCUUCCUGCUCUGCACCCCACCACAGCUGACGUGGUACUUACCAAGUUCCCUGAUGUCAAGGAGCAUAUCGUCAAAACCAUCCUGACCUCUGCCAGGGAUGAACCCUCUGCUCCUGCCAGGUGUGUGGCUUUGUGCAGUCUGGGGAUAUGGCUAUGUGAGGAGCUGGCCCACGGGACUCAACAUCCACAGAUUAAAGAUGCUCUCAAUGUGAUCUGUGUUACCUUGAAGUACCCCAAUAAGAGUGUAGCGCUGGUGGCGUCAGACAUCCUGCACCUUCUGAUCAGUUACGUUGAUCAUCUGCAGAAAUUCCCACCCGACACGCCAAAGAAGAUCGUAGAGAUUUUGAUUGCCACCAUCACAUACUUGCUGCCUACUACUGAGUCUUCACCUCAUGAACUGGAUAAAAGGCUGGUAGUUUCCCUCCUGUUGUGUCUGUUGGAUUGGGUGAUGGUAUUACAUGGCUGUGUGUAUGGGGCACAGUCUUUCAGCAAUCCCAAGUAUUUCCCGCUGCAACUGUCGGACCUGUUAAAUCCAGACUACGACCCGUUCUUGCCUUUAGAGAACCUCCGAGAACCAGAACCGCUACACAGUCCGGACUCUGAGCGAUCCAGCAAACUGCAGCCAGUCACCGAAGUUCGUAGCCGUAUUCAGCAGGGCCUCGUCUCCAUUGCAGCCAGAACAGUUAUUACCCACCUGCUAAACCAUCUGGGACAUUAUCCCAUGUCCGGAGGCCCCGCUACUCUGUCCAGUCAGGUGUGUGAAAACCAGGACAACCCGUUCUGUGAGAGUGCAGAUCUUGGACCAGAACUUUUCCAUUCACCAAACCUGCAGUUCCUGGUUCUGAAUGGAUCCACGCUGCUGUCUGUGCUUCAGAUCCGAUCAGAGUCCGGUGUGCCAGGAGGCGGAAUGACGGCUGGUUUGUCCUCUGCUCCCGCUUGUGUUCGCGUCAUCAUCCGAGAUGUAGCUGGAAAACACUCAUGGGACUCCGCCGUCCUCUAUGGGCCUCCGCCAUGUUCUCCUAACAGUCCAGCGCACACACUUUUAACACACACGCAGUCACCUCACACUACAAAUCUUCAUUUACGCACCCCACCAGGAGGUCCGCCGAAAAAGAUGGGAGCGAAAAGAGAAGAUAGCGAGGAGGACGGGCAAGAGGAGAGGGGGGCAGAGGAGGGAGUGAGGACGGAUGGUGACAGGCAGGAGUCUCAGGGAGAGGGAGAGGAGGAAGCGGAGGAGACGAAAGCAAGUGAGGGGGAGAAAGAAGAUCGGAGAGGAGGUGGAGGUGGAUUUGAAAGGGAAGAAGAGGAGGAGGAGGGGGAGAAAGAUGAACAUCGAAUGGAUAGUGAGGCAGAUCAAGCAAAGUCGAGUUUAGAGCAGCAUCUGGCUCCGCCAUUGGCUAAACGCGUGUGUCGGGAGGCGGUGCCAGCGUGGGACUCACUGAGAGAAGGAGACGAUGCACUGGAUGAAAUGCUGCAGUACCUGGGAUACUCGAGUCCUGAGUGUCUGCAGAGAGCAGGUAUGCCGCUCAACAUCCCAGCACCUCCUCCAGUGUGUGUUUCAGAGAAGCAGGAGAACGAUGUGAUCAAUGCCAUCCUGAAACAAAGUGCUGCUGAGAGAGACUUCGUCCUUCAUAGAGGUGAGGAGCUGAACAUGAGAGCCGUGCAUCAGACCGAACCAGAGACUCAGACGCCACAGUCGGCCUUCUAUUACUGCAGACUACUGAUCAACAUACUGGGGCUCAACUCCUGGGAGAAAAGGAGUAGUUUUCACUUGCUGAGGAAGAAUGAGAAAUUACUGAGAGAGCUGAAGAAUCUGGAUUCACGGCAGUGCCGUGAAACCCAUAAAAUUGCAGUAUUUUACGUGGCUGAAGGCCAAGAGGACAAACACUCCAUACUGACUAACACAGCAGGCAGCCAGGCAUAUGAGGACUUUGUUUCUGGACUGGGGUGGGAGGUGGACCUGCCCACUCACUGUGCUUUCAUGGGAGGCCUUCAGAGAAAUCGCAGCACAGGCCAGACCACUCCUUACUACGCCACUUCCACUACUGAGGUCAUCUACCACGUCUCCACUCGCAUGCCCCACGACCAGGACCUUAACCUCACCAAGAAGCUCAGACAUCUUGGCAACGACGAAGUCCACAUCGUCUGGUCAGAACAUUCCAGGGACUACCGCCGCGGGAUCAUCCCCACUGAGUUCGGAGAUGUGCUAAUCAUCAUCUACCCCAUGAAGAACCACAUGUAUUCCAUCCACAUACUCAAAAAACCAGAGGUUCCUUUCUUUGGUCCGCUGUUUGAUGGAGCCAUUGUGGACAUGAAGAUUUUGCCCACCAUGGUGAGAGCGACAGCUAUCAACGCGAGCCGGGCCCUUAAAUCCCUCAUCCCUCUCUACCAGAACUUCUAUGAGGAGCGCGCCCGAUACUUAGAAAAUAUCGUGCAGAACCACCAGGAGCCAACCACGUUUGAGGAUUACGCAGCCCGAGUCUACAGUCCUGCUCCUUGCACUCACCUGCCCUCUGACACAGGCUCCUGCCUAGAGAUUCUUCGGGGAGAAAGUCCGGCUCUUGGGGAGGCCGGGAGCGACACGGCGUCCCCCAUGUCUCCUCGGACUAGCAAGAGCCGCAUGUCCAUGAAGCUGCGACGCUCCUCCGGAUCAGCCAAUAAAACCUAAACUCCCCAAACUGCAGGACUCAGCCAGAACUCACACUUGAUAUCACAUUAGGAAACAAAAAGCUUUCAUAUCAGCCAAUGAGAGGUAUCAGGAUCCUCAAAAACAAGCAAUUUUAAAUUGGUCCGUUUACAAAGCACACAAAAUUAGGUAUGUAAGCAAAUUAAUAUAAACUCUUGAGUAGACGCUGAUUCAUCCCAGCAUGUUGCAUUUCUGGUUGGACCCUGGGCUUUAAUGGGCACACGUGUUCUCUUGUACUAAAUAUAUAUAAAAGUAUUCUAUGGGCAAUACUGUAACUUUUAUUUUGAAAAAUACUCACAGAUGCUGCUCUGUAUAUCUGCAGCUUUUCUUGGGGAAAAAAAACACACACACAGAGAGAGACAAGUCAAACCAGUGUUGCAGCAUGUUGAGUAGUAAAAUUAGCAGUGCAGUAUUAGUUCAUAACAGCCUGUGCCAUGUUAGAAAGUGCACACAAUGCCAGUCGGUGUGAGCAGGACUGCAAAGAAGAAGAAAAGCAUCAGUGUGUCGCGUCAUGCACCGAGCGUUGCUGUAAGGAAUCUGUAUAUUUGUACUAUAGGAGGUGUGUGUGUGAGUGUGUGUGUGUGUAAAGGCAGAGGUGGGAGUGGAGGCUGUAAAGAAAGCGAUAAAAGUCUAUUUUUUUUUGUGCGCAGCGCAGACCUGAAAUGAUAAAGAGAGUUAGUUUCUCAAGCCAAAAAAACGUUCUCUGUGUUUGAAUCCAGAAUAAAAGUCUGAACUUCCUCUGAUGAUCAUUAACAGGACCGACCGAUGGAAGAGGAGGCAUUUGCAUAUAUCAUUUUGUUUUCUUCUGAUGCUGUAAAACGAGCACUGAUAUUAAUAUUAACAUGUCGGGGUUUUUUCUUUUAAUUGACUGUAAACUGAGUUUUGACCCGAACAGGAAUGUUACUGUAUUUUUAGUCAGUCCUUCAUCUGAGGCAAAGAACCACAGCUUUUUCUUUCUUUGUUCCCUCGAGUAUAUGUUGUAUAUCUAUAUGAGUAUAAAUAUAUAUAUAUAUAUAUAUAUAUAUAUAUAUAUACAUAGUAGAUAUAUGAAUAUCUAUAAGAAUGUGUACAGUGUAAGGAAGCUUGUUGUGCGUGUGUAAAUACGGUUAUAGCUGCCAAAGCCAAACUGUGGUUGAAAUCCAAACCGCAGACUUGCUAGAAAACAAAACAAAAAGUAGGUUAGCGCUACAAGAUUUCAAGCUUUCAUAACCAGCUUGCUCUUCAUCGUCCAGGAAUUUAAAUUCAUUCUACGUUGUUCUUCCCGUGAUGGAGCUUGUAAAUCUGUAUGGAGGGAAUCAUCAUUCUCGUGAAUUACUGUAAAAGGCUGGUGGGUGGGGGGAAGGGGGACUGGUAUUUAAAGCACACUUCAGCGUGUUGGGAUCUGGGUCCACAAAAGUCCACUAAGAGUUGGUUUAGCGCUUCAUUUUCAGUGUUUUGUAGGCAGUUUUCAGGGUUGGGGGGGGAAAAAAAUACAAAAAUAAGAGAACCACCGCCAAAGAAGGGGAAGAAAAAGAGGUGUCAUUGAGGGAGGGGGCAUCAGCAUGCAGUCGCAACACUACCACUUUUUUUUUUUUAAUGUAUUUAACAUUUUCAGUUUAGCUCUUUCUGUGAGUUUAGAGGAAAAAGGGUUAAACGAACGCUCUUCCCGUGUCUGUUACUGGUGAAAGUUUUGUUACUGUUUGUUUCAGCCAUAUACUCUAUAGAUUAAAGGGAUUGUGUAACAAUUUUCUUUUAUUUCAAACUUAAUAUUUAAAAAGGAGGAGAUCAGAUUCGUGUGCAGUUACUUGAAGUCAGCUGAGGUUUGAGUCUUCCCUUUAAAUUAUUUACUCUUGUUACUUUUGUCACUGAGGUCAAAGCACCAUUGAAUGGUUGAGAGGCCCCACUGCACCCUGAUCUCUACAUGCUGCGUGUAUAUAUAUGUGUAUGUAUACUAGAGGUCACCGAGCCUGCUCAGUUCACACCCCAAACUCCGUCCCAGCACCGAAACCACACGACGGCACCAUGUUUACGCUCCCCAGUGGAUUAGCGUUCAGAUGCUGCUUUAAAGAUCCACGGGUUGUACAUACUGUUCUUUUCUGUCCCCUACAACUAGUUUCCACCCAAAGAGCAUGAAUAAGUCAUAUCGGCGUCACUCUUCAUCUGAAGAGGAGAAACAGUGUAAAUCCCCCACCUGAUGGAUACUACUGAUUACACACACUGCAUGACACCAGUUCAGUACCAGCUGCAUGCUUUGACUGCGCACACACUCCACAAACUGUCAACUGUGUGAACAUGUGUUAACGCCGGCCACACGGCAAGCGUAUGGAUGUGCCACGAUGGAGUUUGACAAUAAAACAAUUCGUACCAGUAA